AUGGCCGCUCAUGGCUCUGUAAGUAGCCGUCUUUCUCAGAGUCUUACGGAGGAAGAUAUCCCCGGAGCAUCGCUUCAGGGAAGAAAUCCGACUGCUCUUAAAACAGAUGAACUUCGCUUUUGGUUAAAAUGUCGUGGCGAUCCAGCAAAGGGGUUAAAAACAAAGGCACAAUUGUCGAAAAGGUAAGUACAGUAUUUGUCACUCGUUCGUGAUACUUUUUAGAAUUAAGAGAGACUUUGAUAUUGUAAAUGGAGAUCAAAAGAUUUAGGAGUUAUUUUUCUCGAUGAAAUGUUUCAAAAAUGUAAUGAUUAAUAGUUUUUCUACUUUUCAUUUUGAAGAGUUCUUGAAUAUGUUGCGUCUGGUCGUGAUAAAGAUGUUGUGGAUCCCGAUAAAAAUCUGAUAUACACGCGUCGAAAGGCGAGACAAGAACAACUCGCUCAAAGUGAUGCGAUGCCUGAGGAAAGUACUGUUAAAUUUCCAUCAGCCGGAUGGUCUACAAGUUUGCAACGAAUGCCAUUAUUCAUAAGGGCAGAGAUGGAUUUACAUAUUUCUAAAUCUGGAAAAAACUUUGACAGAAAUAAACAGAACCAUGCUGUUCCAACAAGCAUGAAAAAGGCAAAAACAUUUCUUGAUAAUGAAUACCUGAAAGACUUAACUUGCGCAAGUGAUGACCAAUAUUUCUAUUUCAAAUGCUUGUGUUACCAUAGCUUUAAAAAAAAUGAGCCACCCCACAAAUUACAAGUUGCACUUUGUUUAGUGAGUGGAGUUGUUAAAUAUGCUUCAUGUACAUGUGUAGCAGGAUCUGUUGGUUUUUGCAAUCAUGUGCUUGCUGUUAUGAUGAAACUCUGUAAGUUCAGCUUGUAUUAUUGUCAAGAUAUUAAGGACUUGGAAAAUGAAUCUGAUAUGACACAAGCUAAGGCAUGCACUUCAAGUUUACAACUAUGGCACAGGCCUGUAAGAGGAGAUAAAAUCAAGCCCCAACCUGUCAUGGAACUUGAGGUAAAAAAGUCGAAUAUAGACACAGAGUAUAACCCUGAUAGUGGAGUAAGGUGCUUGUUGUAUGAAGCUAGGAAAAAUUUGGGUACACAAGCAUCUGAUGAAGCUUUGUUAAAAAACAAGCUUCAAGAGAUCAACCCUAAGUUUGCCUUGUCUCAAAUUAUGUCUACUGGUGGUACCAACUUACAGGAAACAAAAUUUGGAAAAUUUGCAAGUGGCUCAUAUGCAAGUUACCAGUUACAGUUCACAGAGUCUAAUUUUCAAGUUUUCUGCAAUAUUGACUCAGUGCCUAGAGUGGACUGUAAUGAUGAACAAAAUGCUAUUUCCGUAUAUCCUCCAUUCCCUUUGCAACAAUCUGAGCAGUAUGAAAAGCCAGAUGAUUUAAGUAGCAACCAGGAAGCACUCCUGGAUCAUUUGAUUGUUGAUGAGGCAAAGCUUAAUACCAUAGAGAAGAAAACAAGUGAACAAGCAGCCUCACAGGAAUGGCAGGCUGAAAGGAAAUUUUGGUAUACAGCAUCUAAUUUCCACACAAUUGUAAAAAGGCAAAGGAAUCAUAACACUCUAGUAAAUAAUCUGCUUCAUCCCAAACCAUUCACUACCAAACAAACUGCACAUGGGAAAACCUAUGAGCCUGUAGCCUUAAGAGAAUAUGAAAAAUAUAUGUUUUCAACAAGGAACCCAGUUUCAGUGUUCAAAAGUGGCCUUGUU